AUGCUGAACUUCACAGGUCAGAGUAGAAGAAGGAAUAUCAAUCUCGGGAAUAGGACAGUCACUAGUAAGCAGGAUCUUUUAGCAAAAGCCCAAUUGGAAAGGGAGAAAAGAGCUCAAAAUCGACAGCGCGAACAAGCAGCCAUAGUGUUACAAUGUUACAUUAGAAGGCACCAGGCAAUCAAAAUGUUGUUUACCGAUUUGCUACCAAGCAUCCCUAAAGAAAAGGUUAAGCAUAUCAUUCCUGCUUUUGGAUGUCUGCUGCACACCUUUCUCACCAAGGAAUCUACUCUCGAAAUCAUCAAACAUUCGAGCUCUUUAACCACAUAUCCUGGAACUCUGGGCAACUUGCAAAUAUUUUCUUUGAUUUCAAGCUACGAUGAUGCCUCGAUAAUGGUCGAAACCUUAAAAUGUAUCAAUUUGAAGAAAGAAACAAAAGAAGCUUUUUUGAACGCAUUGAAGUCAUUUUUGAAGAAAACCAGAAGUUUAGAAGAAGAGUCUGCCAGGGCUCUUUUGCAUGUUAUGAUGGUCUGGAAGCUCAACUCUUCUGAAAUAAUAACGCCAUUAUUUGAAAUUAAUGCGAGCGAAGCUCUAUAUCCUAAAAUUGUGCUGGAUUUCUACCAAUUCCUUGCAUCUGAAGGUAUUUUUCCAAAACCAAAUAAGAACUCCUCUUCCCUGUUGGAGAAUUUAUCAUAUAUUUACUUCAAUACUCCCGAAAAACAAAAAGGUUUGGAGCACUGUAUUGCGUCAUGCUUUAGAAAUUUACAUUAUACGCCGGUAAAUCGCGAUCUAGAAGCGUACGUUACUGAGUUGUACGAAACAUCGUUUAUUGAUAAGAUCGCUGGCAUGAUAGAAGACCCGAAUUCAUACGAUAUAGAUAUGGAAAAUGUGAUUGGAUACAUUGAAGGCGCUGCGGAUGACAACUCCAAAAAUUCUAUGUUAAUUGCUCUCCUAUCGAGGUCUUCUUUUCUGAGACAAUCGUAUAUAGCCUUCAAACAACAUAAUAACGUCUGGACAAGUGAAGAUCAAUCACGCGCAUCCUUCAUACUAUUUACCAGACUGUUGCAAAUGCAUCUUUUGGUAUCUACAGAUCACGAACUACUCUCUGGCAGUUCUGGAUUCACAGAUCAGGAUUUGACUGAAUUUACAACAGAUUUGAAACAUUUUGUGUUCUCAAAUAUUUGGGAACCAACUUCAGAGUCAAAAACUAACAUGGCGGAUGCGGCCUUACCUCUUUUGCAAAAGCUGUAUUUAAGAGAUUCUCGUUUGCAUUUCUGUUCGACAAAAAAUGACCCCCAAUUUUGGUGUAAUAAGAAUCCCGAAUUCUUACGUGUUAGUCCUUUCAAAUACAUUGAAGACUAUGAGCGGUUGUAUAGAGAAUACGCCGAUAGAAGAGAGGACAUGUUUUCGGAGGCUGACGAUGACACUGGUGUUGACGACUUGGGUUCAAUGAAGUACGAGAUUCUCAAUCACUUAAGCUUGAGCUACAAAAAUUCUGUAUCCACCCGACAGUUUAAAAAGUUGGAAAUUCUCAUAAAGGCCCCAUUUUUUAUACCAUUCGAGCAAAGAGUUAAUCUUUUUUACAUGUUCAUCGCUAUAGAUAAACAAAGAUUAAAUUUAUCCGAUGAUAGCCAAAUGAUGGCACUACUGAUGCCUUGGAAUUUAGGCGCCCAUUCUAGACAGUCGGCUACUAUAUCAAGAGAGCACGUUUUGGAAGAUGCCUGUAACGCAUUUAAUGGUAUCGGUGAAAGAUUCAAAUCGAAAUUAGCGGUAACAUUUGUCAAUGAAUUUGGGCCGGAAGCAGGUAUUGAUGGUGGUGGAAUAACAAAAGAGUUUUUAACUUCAGUUUCUGAUGAAGGCUUCAAAGGUGAUAAAUAUCAUCUUUUUGACACGAAUGAUCAACACGAAUUGUACCCCUCAACAGAGUUUGAUUCCCAAAAACUUACGUACAUGUGGUUUAUGGGCAAAAUAGUGGGCAAAUGUUUAUAUGAUCAUGUUUUAAUUGAUGUUACCUUUGCUGAUUUUUUCCUUAAGAAAAUAUUAAAUUACUCCUCGAAAUUUAUUUCAUCAUUUGACGACCUCUACAGUUUAGAUGUUUCUCUGUAUUCGAAUCUGGUCAAGCUUCUAUCAAUGAGCUCUGAGCAAAUAGAAGCAUUAGACUUGAGUUUCGAGAUUAACAGCAACAAGAACGAUUCUCAAGUUGUUCAAUUGAUUCCGAAUGGUUCCAACAUAAAAGUAUCCAAAUCUAACGUGUUGCUUUACAUUUUCAAAGUUGCUGAUUUUAAGCUUAACAGAUCUUUAAAUAAACAAAUUCGUAAUUUUCACGGUGGUAUGAGUAUGGUAAUAGCCCCACAUUGGAUGGAAAUGUUUAAUUCUGUUGAAUUACAAAUGCUCAUUUCUGGGGGAGGCAAAGACAUCGAUUUGAAAGACUUGAGAGAUAACACAGAGUACGGAGGAUAUCUCGAUACAGACAAGAGUAUACAGGCCUUUUGGGAGAUACUCAAGGAGUUUUCCCCAGAAGAAAGGCUAAAUUUCAUCAAAUUUGUAACGUCCGUGCCUCGAGCUCCAUUGCAAGGUUUUGGAUCGUUAGAGCCCAAAUUCGGGAUACGAAACGCUGGAGGAGAGUUGGAUAGACUGCCCACUGCUUCAACAUGCGUUAAUCUACUCAAAUUACCUGAUUAUCAAAAUAAAGAACUGCUGCGCAGGAAACUUCUUUACGCAAUAAACUCGGGUGCCCGGUUUGACCUUUCUUAA